AUGACGGAAGCAGCCGUCGACUUCGACCCUCACUUUCGAGAGUUUGCCAACUUCCUUGACGGCGUGGGCCUGCCGGCCGAGUGGAGUCCCUACUUUGACAGCAACAGCAACAGCUGUAGGCAAUCGGAAAACAUCGAUCCAGGCUUGAGAGGCGAUGAUGAGAAUGCAGAGGAGUCAGAAUUGGCAUGCCUCGAGUCGCGAAGGCUCAUCAGCACCCCAUUCAGCUCCUGGCUAUCAUCUGCACCCACUGGCAACAGAAUCUCCAGAGAUGUCUCUGAAGCUCAAGACCCGCGGGCUGCCGACACCCAGUUCAAGGCGACGGAUGAGCACCGACUGAAGCUGUGCAAGUCUCUAGAUCACUUACUCAAACUCAUCUUUGGCUUGGACGCCAUUGGUGCUCAGUACUUCUUUGAGCGCCGCGUGCCGGCUAACCCUAAGCAAUCCUCAUACACCGACUGUGCUGACAAGCUGAGCACAUCGGACCCAGGACCACUUCACAACGUCCACAGACGGCAGAAGCAGAAGCAGCCGCCGAGGACCACCCACUCAGUCGACCACCAGUGGCCGUUGCUGGAGACGAUUGGAGCCCCGACGGCGUCGAUGGCGUUUGCCACGUGA